AUGCUGAAUGGGUCAUUACCAAUUCCUCCACCUUCUACCCUUCUCUUUGACAUUUCAGACAACAAUUUAACUGGAGAAUUUUCUCCUUCAAUUUGUGAUCUGCCGUUUCUUCAAAUUCUUCAUUUGUCUAACAACAGGUUGAGUGGUGUGAUUCCAGAGUGUUUGGGAAACUCUGGCAACCGACUCUCAGUGUUAAAUCUCAGAAACAACUCCUUUACUGGCAGCAUUCCUGACACCUUCACAGAUGGAACACUCUUGAGAGUGAUUGAUCUAAGCGAUAAUCAUCUACAAGGUCAACUACCAAGAUCACUAGCCAAUUGCGGGAUGCUUGAAAAGCUUGUUCUGAGUAACAAUCAGCUCGAUGACAUUUUCCCUUCCUGGUUGGGGAAUCUUCCAGAGUUGAGAGUCCUAGUGCUCAAAUCCAAUAAGUUCCAUGGAGUUAUAGAAGACCCACAAACCAUCUUCCAACCCACCAAGUUGCGUAUAAUCGAUAUGUCCAACAACAAAUUCGUUGGAAAAUUGCCAUCUAAAUACAUCCAGAGCUGGAAUGCCAUGAAAGAUAUCAGUUUCAAUCUCUCAGCAUACUUGCAGACAAACCCAGCUUUCAAUGCACAAGAGUAUUUAUUGGAGACCAACUACGAUGUAAUAGUUACCAUGAGAAACGACGGUUUUCUUAUACGCUAUGUGGUACUCCAUGAAGAUGUUGCAGUCAUAGACCUCUCAAACAACAAAUUUGAUGGAGAAAUUCCACAAGUCAUAGGGGGUUUAAAGGGUCUCAACGGACUCAACCUAUCCAAUAACAUUCUAAGUGGUGGAAUACCGUCAUCUUUUGGGAACUUAACAGAGCUUGAAUUCUUGGAUCUUUCUCACAACAAGCUCUCAGGAGAGAUACCCAAACAACUCACAAUUCUCAAGUUUCUUCAAGUCUUUGAUGUCUCUCACAAUCUUCUCACAGGACCUAUACCACAAGGAAAUCAAUUUGACAAGUUCGAGAGCAGUUCAUAUGAAGGAAACUUGGGAUUGUGUGGCCAUCCAUUGCUGCUGGAAUGUGGAAAUUCUGAGGGCUCAAAGUCGGAGUCAGAACUUGAAUUUGAUUGGAAAGUUGUGGGGAUUGGAUAUGGAUGUGGGCUAGCCAUUGGAUUAUUUAUUGGGCAAAUUGUGAUUUCAAAGAAGCACAUGUGUUCUGCCAUGAGUUUUAGAAUAUACAACAAUUCAAGAAGAAGAAAGGGAUGGAUGAGGCUUAGGAAAUGA